UAAUCUAUUUUGCUUGUGUCCCACUGUUAAAACUUAGAGAUGAAUCUAAUCAGUCCUUUUUUUUAUCACAUUUCUAUUGGAUUGAGAUCCACUGACUGGAGAAGAACACUGAAUUCAAGUCUGAAACGAGCUUUGUGCUUUUAUCAUGUUGGAAGUAGUCUUAGAUGAUAUGCUUUUCUAUUUUCCAAAGAGUGGACUGCACCUUCUUGUCAGCUCGAAGGUGUCUGGACAUUCUCUCCUCAGUCGCUCUACAUUUUCUAUUGCUGUGUGUAAAAUAGGAAAGAAGAAUAAUUUAAAAAAAAAAAAAAAAAAAAAUCCAGGACUUUUAUUUUGAAAGCCACACCACAGCAACACCAAACGGAACAGUGUUUCAAGAAAAGAGUUCUUUAAGAAAUUUUUUUUUGAAGUGCAAAAUGCAGUUUGCUGCACAUUUUGGAUGAAAAAAAAAAAUUCCAAGUGAUUUUAAGGAGGUAAAACGUCAAACCUUGUGAAAAUAAAUAAAUAAAUAAAUAAUAAUAAUAGAAAGAAAAAAAAAAGAGUUUCUGGCGCCAAAUAAUGCGGUGUACAGGCGCGAGAGUGGACUGAAUAACUAUCCGCACACACAACUAGUUACACCACAGUCCGCCAUUUGAGCUUUAAAAAGCUGAUUAGCAAAGUCUCACUGUUUAUUUUCCUUAUGAAGUGGAAGUGACCGCCGACUGGGUUUCGAGGAGAGGAGGACGGUCCGGAUGCAGAAAGGAAAAAAUGGAGACCUGCUCAGCCAGCGUGUGGCCCCGUCUGGAGCCUUUCCUCCUGGGUGCUCUUCAGGCUGCACCUCCCGGGAAGCUGAGCAUGCACUACCUGCGCAAGAUGGCCUGCUACGUGCGCACACGUGAUGGCUGUUUCCCACGGCUGGGCUGGCAUAUGUGGAGACACAUUGCCUGUGGCAAGCUGCAGUUGCCCGAGGAGCUGGCCUGGCUCUACUUUGAGACCUUUGACCUGUUGGUGCCUCGCUCUGCUGAGGAAAAGCUUGAGUGGGCAGAGGCUCUGUCUCAGAGCCUGAACCCUCGUGAUCUUGACCGCCAGCGCAGCAAGCUGUCUGUGGACACACUGCAGUUCCUGCUGUUUCUCCACCUGCAGCAGCUGAACCGAGUGUCUUUGCGCACCUCUCUGAUCGGUGAAGAGUGGCCGAGUCCUCGCUCUCGCUCCCCAUCGUCCUCUGCUGAUAGGGAGGCCAAGAUUAGCUUUCAAAACAAGAAUUGGGAUGACACGGCACACCUCACAUUUGUUCAGACUCACCUGGCUGAACUGCUGGAGCUGCUGGCAGAUCCAGGUGAGCUGGGCAGUUCGCGUCAGGCCCUGCGAGACGCUACACUCUCAACCGAGGCCCUGCAGGCUCUCGGUGUGCUGCUGGAGGGCACGGUGAGCCACGGCCACACCGUUCACCCCCUCUGUCGGCUACUGAGCCGUGCCCCGCUGCAGUCCGCGGCCGGAUACUCAAAACUCAGCCGCUCCUACUCGCUGCAGAAGCUGCAGAGCUGGCUGCGGCAGGCACUCACGCUCAACCCGUUCGGCAUGUCCACUUGUCUGCGCUCGGGCAAGAAGCUGGCCUGGGCUCUGCAAGUGGAAGGUGCUAUGAAGAGGGCCAAGAUAGCCAGGAACACACACAUGGCCCCUCCAGGCAGCAGGGUGGUGCUGAUGUCCCAGGUGUACAAACAGACUCUGGCUAAAGACUCAGAGAAGCUGGCUGGUGCAAAUGUCAAACUGCACCGCUGCAGCGAGGCUUUUAUCUACCUACUCUCACCCCUUAGGUCUGUGACGCUAGAUAAAUGUCGCGACUCCACUGUGGUACUGGGCCCAGUGGAGACUACAGUGCACAUGCAGAGCUGCGAGAACGUCCGGCUGGUGUGCGUAGCCGGACGCUUGGCGGUUGGCGGCUCCACCCGCUGCACCGUUCACGCUCUCACUCCCACUAGGCCGCUUGUACUGCCUGGCAACGCCGGCCUCACACUGGGGCCUUUCCACACGCACUACCCCAGCCUGGAGGACCACAUGGCCAGUGUGGGUUUGGCGGUCGUACCCAAUCUCUGGGAUCGGCCGCUGAUUUAUCCACCAGAUAGUCCAUCACCAGAUCCGGUCUGCUACCGCAUCCUGCCCCCUGCACAGCUCUGCCCUAUGGUAGUGCCAUUCCUCAUGGAGGGUGACACCAGCGAGGUGCCAGGAGGACUGCCGUCAGUCUACCAGCAGGCCCUAGAGGAGCGUCAGGAGAGGGUGCAAGACUGGCAGAAGACAGUGAAGGAUGCGCACCUUAACAAGGAGCAGCGGCGGCAGUUCCAGGCUCUGGUAGAGCAGAAGUUUCACGAGUGGCUCCUGGAGACGGGACAGAGACAAGAGCUGGACAGCCUACUGCCUCCGACCAUCAUGCCUUCGAACCCUACGUGCCAGUCGAACUCCACCCACAGCUCUGAACGUUCUCUACAGCAUUCAAAAACGAGCACACACACAGUCUCCUGAGUGCACACACACACACACACUGUAAUAGACAACUGUGCACUUAUUUGGCGUGGUUUACACUUGCUUAGCAGACAUGCUUUUCUCGUUUCUGUGAACAGAUCUUUGCAACCCGCAGCAGAUUCAGAUUUGCCAGUUGGUUUAGCAGACUCGGGACUAAAAGUAUGAUUUUGAAGUGAGAUGCUGAAAAUCAGAAGUCUUAAAUCUAUGAUAUAGUAUAUGCCUUGCACUGUAAUGUUAUAUGCUGGAUACAUGCUGCAGAAUAAGCCUCAGUUUUGUAUAAUAUUCCCCUAAUCUUCAAGUGGCAUUGCUUGUUUUUUCUCCCUCUAUUAGAUGUGGGUCUUACAGUUCAGGUACUUGCAUUGCAAUCACCUCUAAGAGGAUGGCUGGCAUGCUACUGCGGCAUUAAUAGAUGAGAAAAGGAUAUUUUCUGGUGUAUGAAUUAUAGCGCAGAACAGUCUCCUGCAUUAAUGUGUACAGUUUGAAAGCGUUUUCUUAAUGUCCCCUGACAUUGUCCUUGUGAAGUUGCCUUUGGUUUACAGUUUGACAUAAACACGCUGAAGGAAAUGUAUACCUUUCAUUGGUAUGCGUUCAUUUUCCUAAAAUACGAGCACUGAUCUAAGAUUAAUAUCUUGAUAUCCAUGAGUUCUCAUCCUGGCAGCCAGAAUGACUGUGAAUGUUUUUGUUUUUCCUGCUGUAGCCUUCAGAAUUUUCCCAGUAAGUGCCACGUAUCGUGUCGGUGUCUCUCACUUCUGGAGUCCAUCUGCACUGUAUAAUGCACUAAAAUGAUUUUGGGAAGCACUGCACUAGAUUUAUUACUGCAUUUCAUUUAUAUGACCCAUUAUGAAUAUAGUGUAUGAACAAAUCCAGAGGACCUGCUUUAAAAAAAAAAAGCAUAGUUUGGUGUUAUGUUUCGAUUAAGGGAAACAGAUUUCAUCUGACUACCAAUAAAAGAUAAUAUUUGUGUAUGUC